AGCCGUAUAACAACUGCAGGGGAAGAAUUUGGGGUAAACAAGGAGCUCUGCGGUGGGCGAAGGCGUGGGGAUGUCGCCAGUAGGAGCUGAAGCAGCGUACCUUGACCAGACAGUCACGAAUGGUUCCGAGAUAAGGUUGUCAGCCUGUGGGGGUGAAGGGUAAACUGCCAUAGCUGGUGGGAAUCGCCCUCCCCGCGUCCCAUGAAAUUAAGAGAUCCAGUAGGAAGCUAAGAUGAAGGUAGACGUAAAGAGAGACAGCUAAGAUAAUUUGCCUUUAAUCCAGUCAAGCAUCAUGGACACUUGUCAAAACCUCCUUUGAACACUGGUGUGAGGGUGGAGCCUGCGUGUGCAAGACACAGUUGCAAGGAGUGUUGUAAGUGAUGUAACAAGAAGGUGGACGUAGCCGCUGCGUAAGCCUCGGCUGCCACAUCUCCAAAAUGGCCACCAUCACUCGGCCCGGGAGCCUCCGGAAUCCAGAGGUGGCUGACUUGUUUGAAAGAGAGGAUCCUGACCGCGUUUUUGAUGACUUGCGGGAAAUUGGCCAUGGCAGUUUCGGAGCAGUGUACUAUGCACGACAUGUUACAUCCAAGGAAGUGGUGGCUAUCAAGAAAAUGUCCUACAAUGGAAAACAAAGUGCAGAGAAGUGGCAAGACAUCUUGAAGGAGAUACGGUUCUUGCGCAAUCUCCGUCACCCAAACACAGUAACCUAUAGAGGAUGCUACCUCAAGGAAUCUACAGUAUGGUUGGUAAUGGAAUACUGCUUAGGAUCGGCAUCAGACAUCAUAGAAGUUCACCGUCAACCCCUUAGAGAAGAAGAAAUCAGUGCCAUUUGCGAAGGCUGUCUCUCUGGUCUUGCAUAUCUGCAUUCGUUGGGAAAAAUUCACCGUGAUGUCAAAGCUGGAAAUAUUCUACUUACUGAAAAUGGCACUGUAAAACUGGCUGACUUUGGUAGUGCAAGUAUUGCAUCACCAGCUAAUAGUUUUGUUGGGACACCAUAUUGGAUGGCUCCAGAGGUAAUUCUAGCUAUGGACGAAGGACAAUAUGAUGGAAAGGUAGAUGUGUGGUCCUUAGGCAUCACAUGCAUAGAACUAGCUGAGCGCAAACCGCCCUAUUUCAACAUGAAUGCCAUGAGUGCCUUGUACCACAUCGCCCAAAAUGUUGCCCCCAAAAUGUCCUCCCCAGAAUGGUCAAAGGAAUUCCAGCAUUUUGUUGAGUCAUGUCUGCAGAAGAACCCACCUGAUCGCCCUACCUCUGCUAGGCUUUUGUCGCAUGAAUUUAUUUUGAGACAUCGGUCGUGCCACAUCAUCCUAGAUCUAAUUGCACGUACAAAAAAAGCUGUGCGUGAAUUUGAUAAUCUAAACUAUAGAAAAAUGAAAAAGAUUCUUCUAUAUGAAACGGAAAGUCAGCAAGGUGAUGUUGAAGGUGAGGUUCCAGUUCUCCUUUUGUAG